ACCAAACAUCUGGCAAAUAUAGUAAAAGGGAUAUUGUGGUAGGACGUAUGCCUACCAUUAGUUCUGAAUACUGGUGAGGUUUUGAGGGCAAAAUGGCUGUGAUGAUUGGAAUCGCUUUCAGAGUUUCUUGGCUUUGUUGCCUGCUAAUUGGAGGGAUAACAUGUUCUACAUCAGAAGGUGAUUGGUCUCCUGCACUGGAUUCUAAUGCAGCAUGGCUCUAUGCAGGAUCACUUCGGUCUCUAGGAUAUGGCAAUUAUAAGUCUCCAAAAUCUCAAACGCAAGCGCAACAAAUAUCCGGCCGCCAUCCUGCGGAAGGAACUGGCCGCCAUGUCCCAGCAAGUGUGGCAUCAAGCUCACAUGCUGACGCAUAAGCAACCGACUGCCGUGCCCCAGCAAGUGUGUCAUCAAGCUCACAUGCUGACGCAUAAGCAACCGACCGCCGUGCCCCAUCAAGCGUGGCAUCCUGCUCUAAUGCCCCUGCAGCAGAAGCAACCGACCGCCGUGCCCCAGCAAGUGUGGCAUCCAGCUCAAAUGCCCCUGCAGCAGAAGCAACCGACCGCCGUGCCCCAGCAAGUGUGGCAUCCAGCUCAAAUGCCCCAGAAGCAACCGACCGCCGAGCCCCAGCAAGUAUGGCAUCCUUCUCAAAUGCCCCUGCAAACAACCGCUGUGCCCCGGCUGGGGUGGCAUCCAGCUCAAAUUCCCCUGCAUCAGAAGCAACCGGCCCCUGAACCUCAGCAGAAGGAACUGACCGCCAUGCCCCAGCAAAUGUGGUAUUGAGCUGAAAUGCUCCAACAGGAGAAUCUUCUGGCCGCCAUUGUCCAGCAGCCUCCGCUCGUGUGGCAUCCAUCUCAAUUUCCCCAGCAGCAGAAGGAACUAGCAGUCGAGCCCCAGCAGCAGAAGGAACUGGCAAUCGAGCCCCAGCAGCAGAAGGAACUGGCAGUCGAGCCCCAGCAGCAGAAGGAACUGGCAGUCGAGCCCCAGCAGCAGAAGGAACUGGCAGUCGAGCCCCAGCAGCAGAAGGAACUGGCAGUCGAGCCCCAGCAGCAGAAGGAACUGGCAGUCGAGCCCCAGCAGCAGAAGGAACUGGCAGUCGAGCCCCAGCAGCAGAAGGAACUGGCAGUCGAGCCCCAGCAGCAGAAGGAACUGGCAGUCGAGCCCCAGCAGCAGAAGGAACUGGCAGUCGAGCCCCAGCAGCAGAAGGAACUGGCAGUCGAGCCCCAGCAGCAGAAGGAACUGGCAGUCGAGCCCCAGCAGCAGAAGGAACUGGUCGCCGAACCUCAGCAAGUGAGGUAUCCAGCUCAAAUGGCCCAGCAGCAACCCAACCCCAUUCCUCAGCAAUUUUGGAAUGCAGCCCAAAUUUCCCAGCAGCAACUGGCCCCAAAUUCUCAGCAGAAGCACUACGAAAGCACUGAAGAUGGUGCCUCUGGUAGUUCUCAGGCCAGAGUUGUUGAACAGUCGGGUGUCAUCCCAAUCUCUUCCUACAGUUUCAAAUCGCACUACAAGAAUGGCAGAACUGGAGUCUCCCAAAUCAGCUACACUCCUAGGGAGGCAAUGCCUGUUGACAGUGGAAAUGCUCCCAAGGACGGGAAUGUUAGCAUUGGUGCACCAAGCAUAUAUCCAACACUAGUGAAGGAUUCUGCAAGGGAAAUAUAAUGGUUUCAUCCUCUAGAAGCUCUAAUGACCAGGAAGUUGCUGGUGCUCUUGCUACUCUAGUGUGCUGGAAUCAAUAAACAAUUUGACUUUAAAAA